AUGUCGGGGGUUGGUGGCGAUAAGGCGGCCUUGGACGAGAGCGCGGAAAAUCCAUCGAAGAAGAACAACGUCGAUGAAUCAAAAGCUGAUCAUAUCGGAGAAAACGAGCCGUGCGACGGUGAAGUUCCUCGACAAACAACGGCAGACAUUGACAAACACAUGGGGGCGUGCGAGACUGCAGAUGGGUUUGUAGACGGUAAGAUUGAGUCGUGUGCAGUUGCCGAAAUGGGGGAGAUCGGGGCAUCACCACCGCCGUUGGUUCUGGCGAACGUGACAUCGGAGGCACUAAGCGCCAACCCCGAGGCGAGCCUCAGGCAGGCAGAGCUAAACGCCGUAUCGGACGUGGAAAUCGAGGAACAGGAAGAGGGCGGUCCAACUCUCACUGACCACGAAGAAGAAAAACAAGAGAAUGCAACUUCUGUAACAUGUCCGCAAAACCAGGACGAAGGAUCCACCCAAGACAUGAAGGAAUCCCAAGACGCGGAGGAAACCGAAGAUUCUGACUGGGCCAACCCUAAGGAUGAGGGGGUGUUCGUCUCAUCCAGUUGCUUCACUGGCGCUAAGGACGGAUACGUCUUCAAAACCGGUGACAAAGGGCUCGGCUUCUAUGUUGAUGGGUACGUCGAUCGGCAAGCGAGAAGGAAGCGUUCGCUUUCACACCGGCCCUGGAAUGCUGGGCCUGGGGAACAGGCAACAAAGCGAGGGCCUCUGGGGCCGGCACCAAAACCUUUCAAGAAGAUCGUGCCGUAUCGCACCCAGAAGGAGAAAAGAGCUGCCGAGGAAAAUGACACGCGUCCUUUCAUGGCGAGAAUGGUGGCCCAAAGAAACUCCAGAGGCUUCCAGUCAAACCUGUUCGAAAGAGAGCGCGUCCUCGACAAGCAUAUCUUGUACCUGCUGGAAAAGUUUUCUGACCCGGCUUUCUUCAAGAAGAAGCACGGCUACAACGUUCACGGGCAAAUGCUAGGAAAGGACGGGAAAAUGAUUGUGAAAGUGACGCCAGAGAAGACGGAAGAAGAGAAGGCGAGACUCCCGUGGUACCGCAAAGUUUACGAAGAUCGCCUGGGGAAACACCUUCCAAGCAAGCGGCUUGGGGACAGCAUCGAAGCGCGGAGGGAAGCCUACGCGUAUUCGAGACACUUCACGGCAGAGAUCGACGGCAGACAAGACGAGCUCAACAGAGCUCUCACGAAGGCGUUAAAGGGUCAAACGAAGCUAGAGUUUAUUACGGAGGACUACCACUAUCCCGGAGCUUACAACACAGACGGCAAGGUCAUUCUGGAAAAGGGAGCGCCAGUCUCAAACGAGCUUCACCGUACAGAUGCGCAGAACGAACGGGCCUGCACGUAUCGAUACAAGGCUAUUCGGCGGUAUCGGGCUGCGCACAGCGACAUCGCUAGCGCUAUUGCCAAGAAAGACAAAGCUCUCCAGAAGGUACUUAAGAAGACCGACCCCGCCAUUCUCGUCGAGAUCUCGGAAGAAGCCGUGACAAGCACGGGAAUGGGGAUUUACCGACAAACGAAAAGAGCGGGCGGACGGAACGGUAGCGCUACUGGGGAGAGCUCGGCUGUACUACAGCCAGCGGAGCGGCCCGAGCAGCUUCGACAAAAGUUUGCUCAUAGUCUCAAGGCUCAAAUCAAAGGCAAGGACAAGGCCUUGCUCAAAGAGAUCGCCGCUUUGGAGGAAGAUGAGGCCGAGCAGAUGAUGGGUGAUUUUGGAAAAGGCACUGAGGUGCUGCCCAAUAGCUGGCGGCAGGACCCGGAAGGUCUGAAACGCAUGGAGAGGCGUCGGAAGGAGUUGAUUGCCGAGAACGCAGCAGACCGGCGAAAGGUCGUGUGCCCAUGGAGGCCCGGCGGGAAGCACAUUGCUCAGGAACCCUGGAAGCCGUUCAUUCCGCGAGAUCACCGCCCACCCGUCAGGUCAGCGUCGGAGGGGAAAGCUGAGACCCACGGCGGAAGCCUAGGCGCCACGUCAGCUGCGCAAGAAGGUCGGAGGGGUGUGCCGAUCCACGAGAAAGGGAACGGGAAGAAGGGGGCGGAGCGGAGGCCACGUACGGCCCCAGCACAUCGACGGAAAGGGUUCAUGGACGCAAUCAGUCCCCGCGCCAGGCGCAUCUUAGCGGCCCAAGCACCAGGUACACCCUUACAUAGCGUCUUCUCCACGUACAGCAACGACCCCUUCCCUCUUGAAACCAGGCAGAGACCUAGCGCUCAGUCGACGCCGGCAAGGACGGAGUAUUCCGCCAACCGUCCCUGGCCAACGCCCACCACUGAGCCGCGCACUGACACGUUGUUUCAGACCUCGGGACGUGUCGGUCUAGGGACACAACAGCGUGCCUGGGCCGAGAUCUCUUGCUCACCCACCAGUUCCCAGACUCUUCGUGGCGAUUUUGUGGCGAGGCCCCGUUCAGCCGCUGCAGAGAUCUCCAAGAAUCUCCAAACUCCUCCGCGGCGACCUGCCACCGCUUGCGGAACCCGGGUGCCGCGGGAAAGUACCGCCAACGCCGUCGCAGCAAGUAAUGUUUCGUCCGCCAACCAGGCACGAGAACACGAGCAAGGCCACCGGAGCGAUGAGCAAUCGCGCGAUCUGCACGUACAAAAUGGACCCGGUGUCACGGUGCUAUGGGCACGUUUGUGCUCCCCUUCCUCAGAUCUGGUGUACAAGAGGUCCGUUUGGCCUGAAGCAUCCGCAGCUUCUAGACAGACUCGGCCGAGAGGUAAACCCCGCAAAACAUCAGCGACAGCCCCGGUGAACGCUACGACGGAAGCCGAAGGGGAGCACGAAUGGGAUGCGACACCGGGAGAUCCAAGCACAGGUCCCGGCCCUAUCGAUGCCGGAGAUAGUGGUGGGGGAAAGCCGAAGCUUCCACGAGGAACGACAGACACGGGUGGUCCUCUUGAGGACAUGGAAAACAGCCUGUAUGCAAGCAGUUCCCAGCGCGUGAACCACAGAAAACGAGUUUUCAGGGGGUACUCAGAUCGGUCAAGACGGGAGAGAACUUGGGAUCCAGGUUCAGAGUUUUACGCGGAAGGUGCCAGCAAGCAUUCCAUGGUGCGCCCUAGCCCAUGCACCGGAAGAAUUAAUGGGAACCGGAUUGGGGGGAAGGGUGAUCCCAGACAGGAAGAUGAUACAACGAAGAGGAAACACCGUCGCGACAAAAGACAUCAGAGCCGAAUCUCAGGGGAUGACGUCCCCGUGGAUAUGGAUUGGGAAAAGGUCGGGGUUGUUGCAACACGAUGGGCCUUCUACCCUUGCACAUUGUGUGGCUAUCACGCAGGUUCAGGAAGCAAAUCCGUGGGGAUUUCACAAUCGGACAUUAUGUAG